AAUCUUUAAUUCAUGUCUAUAAAAUUACAUUCACCAUCUGGUUAAACAAGAACAAAUAAAAUAUUAGUGGCAGCUAAGUUGGCAAAUCUCUAAUUGGAAUUGGUUGAUACAUAAUUGAAUGACAAGAACAUCUUAAACUAAUUCCCAUUUGGAAAAGUCCCAGUCUUGGAAACAAAAGAAGGCAAUCUUUUUGAAAGCAACGCCAUCCUUAGAUACAUUGCAAGACACUCAUAAGGAUUAUACGGGUACAUAUAUCAUAAUAAUCGAACAUAGAAAAACACCCUAUUAAUAGGGCUUAGUUGAUUAAUGGCUAGAUGUAACAAUCAAUGAGUUAGAAACAGACGUCAUAGCAGCAGCUAUCUAAGUUUUGGGUCAAAUUCCAGCUAUUCCUUCCUAAUUUAAGACCUCUUUGGCUUAAAUUACCUACGCAUUGACUGUUGUGGAUACUCAAUUAGGAAAAACUAAAUUCAUCUCUGGAGAUUCAUUGACAAUCGCAGAUAUUGCCUUAGCAUAAGUUGUCACAUUUGCAUUCACUCUUUUGUUCGGAGAGGCAUAGAGAAGCAAAUUCCAACAUUUAUUAAAAUGGUUGAACGAAGUGAAUUCACUUCCUGAAUGGAGAGCAGUAAUUGAAUUUGUUAAUAUUAUCUAAGUUUUUCGGUAGACCAAGAUUCCCAAAGACUGCCUUUGCUUUAAAUGAAGUAGCUGAUGAUAAGGACAAGAAGGAAAAGAAAGAGAAGAAAUAAGAAUAACCAAAAUAAAAGGAGCAACAAGAACAACCUAAACAAAAGGAAUAACCUAAAUAGAAAGAACAACCUAAAUAAUAGCCAAAAUAAGAAGAGGAGGAUGAUGCACCAAAAAAGAAAGAGGCAAACCCUCUUGAUUUGUUACCACCUUCAACUUUCAACAUUGAUGAUUACAAGAGAAUCUUUUUUGCAGAAAAGGAUAUUUAAAAAAACAUUGACACUCUCUUUGCCACAAUUGAUUUGAAUGGAUGGUCCUUGUGGUUAGUCAGAUACAACAAGUCAGAAAAUGAAGGAAAGCAAUUGAUUCUCACCAACAACUUAAUGAAGGGCUUCAUUAACUAAAGAUUGGAUCAAAAUUUCAGAAAGUAUGCCUUCGCCAUUCACGGAGUUUAUGGUGAUGAACCAAAUCUCCAAUUGAGAGGAGCAUGGCUCUGGAGAGGAACUGAAGUUCCAAAGGAAUGGGUAUAUAACAAUUAAUAUAUAAAAUUUAGAAAGAUCACGUUGCUUAUGAUUAUCACGAAUUCAUUAAGGUUGAUGUUAACAAUGCUGCUUAGAAACAAUUAUUCGUUGACUAUUGGAUUAAAUAAGAGGAGGAUGUUUCAGAGGUUGAAGGUUUAAAGGCCAGAAGUUUAAUGUAUUUCAGAUGAGAUAUAUAUAAAAUAUAACAAUAAAUUGUA